UUGGUCUACAACAACAAUUUGGCGUAUUAAUACAACAAACUUAGAACUUGAUUAGUAUAAAAGCAAGGUUCAAGGAAAAAGACAAUUAUUGUGUAUCCAGGUAAACAGCAAACAGAAUACAUCAUGCCUACGAAGAAAGCUGUGCACGAGAAAGACAACCAUAAGUGGCAGAGAGUAAUUCACAGAGAAAACUCUUUGAAAGAUACCGCUGAUGCUUACAACGAUUGGGCACAUGAAUACGACGAUGAUUUAAACCGUGACUCUUAUCCGGGACCAACUUUUACGGCAGAAACGGUAGCCAGUUGUUUCCCGGAGGAAUUGAGAGGCCAAGUGCGCCUCUUAGAUGUCGCUGCUGGCACGGGCUACCUUGGAGAAGAGCUAAAAAAGCUGGGAUUUACUCUAAUGGAUGCAUUAGAGCCUGCCGUUGCCAUGUGCGAAAAGGCAAAGCAGAAGGGCUUGUAUGAAAAUUACAUUAACACCUUCAUCACAGACGAACCGAUCGAAGGUGUAGCUGACAACUCCUAUGAUGUUCUCGUUGUUAGCGGCGGUCACAUGCAAGGACACAUUCCGGCCAAAGCUUGCCUUGAAAUGGUCAGACUGGUUAAACCUGGCGGCUUCGUUUGCAUAGGUAUGCGUGAAGAGUACUUAACUACGGUGGAAGACUACAAGACUCUGGAGCCGCUGAUGGACCAGCUUGAAGCAGAAGGCAAAUGGAAGAAACAACAGAGAAAAAUUGUGUCAUGGUACCAUGGAAAACCAGGCGUCAUCUUCGUCUUUAAAGUUCUCAAAGUCACAUAGAAACAUUUUCAUUUGUUUUGGAUUUCCUCAUUAUAACAAGCAUUACAAACUCGAGAGUUAUAUGUGGAAGUACCCUAGAUGUGUUAAAACAUACUGUACGUAGCUUGUCGUAUGUCGACAGACUUGAAGUGUAUUCAUUUUAGUUAGAUUUUGUUACGUUUUAUUGGAUUUAAACUUAAUUUUGAGACUUGCAAAUUAGACCGAAAAGACUCAACUGUUCAGAACGCACACGUUUGAAUUUCAGGUUUUAAGGAGUCCGUUUGGAGAUUUUACAGCAAAAAAACACUGACUGAAAUAAAAUCAUUGCAGUUUCUAAGUUUUUAA